GCCAGUGGAAUCAUCCGUGAAGACAUGACCAUUUAAACUUUCAUCUUGAUACGGAGUCUGCGUGAGUGAAUUGUCGUCCGUACAAGUGUUUAUGAAUAAUUCCAGUUCGUGGUGAAAGAGAACCGUUGUGGGUCGAAUGAACCUUGAAGAACUGGCGAAAGUUCAGUUUACCUACGUAAUAGUAAACUUCGCGAGGUAGACAAGAUGAGACCGCUGAGUUGUAUCCUUUUUUUCGCGGUAUCGUCCGUCGUAUUGCUCGGCGACGCCUAUCGAAUUUUGGGCAUAUUUCCAUUCAACGGAAUGAGCCACUUUGUCAUGUUUGAACGGCUUAUGAAAGGGCUUGCUGAACAUGGCCACCAAGUGGAUGUAGUGAGCCAUUUUCCACUCAAGAAACCUUUUCCCAAUUACACCGAUGUCGUAAGCCUCGCGGGCACAAAGCCCAAUUUAGUGAACAAUAUGAAGGUGCAAAUCGGCAAAAGCGACGAAAAACUACCUUCGGCAGCUGUUUUCUUCGCUUCCGUAUUUGGGAUUGAAUUGUGCAAAUUAAUGGAACAUCCAGAAUUUCAAAAACUUAUCAAGAAUCCACCGACGAAUCCUCCAUACGAUUUGUUGAUCACUGAAAUAUUCGGUGCCAACUGUUACUUGGCAAUUGGUCAACACCUCAAGGUUCCCGUAGUGGGUGUAGUAGCAGCGGCUAUGCUACCAUGGGCAAACGAAAUAGUCGCGAAUCCUGACAAUACAGCCUAUAUACCAAACUCAUUUUCCGAUUUCGAUGAGAAGAUGAACUUUUGGCAGCGAACCCAGAACACGCUAUCUAAUAUUUGGUCGAAAUGGCAGUUCAAUCAAAUCAGCGAAGGACAGAACGAGGUUAUAAAAAAGUACAUCGGUCCCCAUGCACCAACUGUCAGAGAGGCGGAGAAGAACGUCUCGUUGAUUCUGGCGAAUUCGCACUACAGCCUCAACGGUGUAAGGCCAUUUACUACGGCUGUUGUCGAAGUUGGGGGAGUUCACAUCGACGAAAAGGAAGCGACGUUUACGAACGAUCUACUGCAGAAGUUCUUAGAUGACAGCAGCGAUGGCAUCGUAUACGUGUCUUUUGGAUCCAUGGUGAAAAUAGAAUCCCUACCGAAGGAAAUUCUCGCCAACAUGUACGCGUCAUUUGCUAAGUUGGCACCCGUUAGAGUGCUAAUGAAAAUUGCAAACCCGGAAGAACUACCACCUGGACUGUCAUCCAACGUUCUCACUCUUUCAUGGAUUCCCCAAUUGGCUGUUCUUCAGCACAAAAAUACGCGGGCAUUCGUGACGCACGGUGGUCUGAUGGGAACGCAGGAGGCGAUUUACUACGGGGUUCCUAUGAUCGGCAUACCUCUUUACGGGGACCAAAUUCAGAACAUCAGAGCCUACGCGAAGAUGGGUAUAGCGGUGCACAUAAAUAACGAGGAAAUAACCGAAGAGAACUUGGACGCUGCCUUUCGCGCGGUGCUUAAUGAUCCGUCUUACGUGAAUGCAGUGAAGAGAAUGUCGGAACGAUUUCGAGACCGGCCGAUGAGUCCAUUGGAUACAGCCAUUUUCUGGGUAGAACACGUGGUCAGACACGGAGGGAGCAACCUCAGGUCACCAGCAAUGGAUUUAACUUGGUGGCAAAUUGAAUUGAUCGAUGUUUACUCGUUUUUACUUUCUUCAAUAAUAUUAGCCCUGUACAUAAUUGUGGCUAUAGUGAAGAAAGUCAAGAGCCUAUUUUAUCCCGGUGAUGCAAAAUGCGAGGUCACAUCUCACGAUAAAAAAGUUACAUUGGUUGAGGAGAAGCAGAGUACAGAGAGUCUCACCAUGCUACCAUUGUCAGUCUUAUCUACACUAUUGGUGGUUUUAUCGAUCGCUUCACCCCGCGAAGCUUACAGAAUCUUAGCCGUAUUCCCAUUCAACGGACUUAGCCACUAUGCGAUGUUGGGUCGACUCACGGAAGAAUUAGCAGCACGUGGUCAUCGAGUUGACGUUGUGAGCCAUUAUCCGUUGAAGAAGCCGCGUCCGAACUAUAAUGAUAUUGUAAGCUUGGCCGGCACUAUACCAUUCUUGAAAAAUAAUAUGACUUACGAAUUCGGCACUAAAGAGCUGGCAGACGAUAAUUUGGUUCACACCCUCGCAACAACUUUUGGUGGUGACUUGUGCGACUUGAUGGACCUUCCAAAAUUCAGAGAGCUCAUUAAAAACCCACCGCAAGAUCCCCCGUACGAUGCUGUUAUCGUUGAAAUAUUCGGGUCAACUUGCUAUCUAGCCUUGGGACAACAUCUGAAGGUUCCGGUUGUGGCCGUCGUUACAUCCCCAAUAUGGCCUUGGGCGAAUGACAUGGUCGGGAAUCCGGACAACCCAGCUUACAUACCCCAUGUUUUUUCGGGACUCAGUGGCCGGUUGAACUUUUGGCAACGACUUCAGAACACCCUGUCCCUUUGGGGGGUAAAGUUAACCUUCGCUCAUUAUACCGCUGAUCAAAACGACAAGAUCAAGAAAUACUUUGGCCCGCGAGCUCCGAGUCUCGACGAGGUCCAGAGGGACGUGUCCUUGAUUUUGGUAAACUCGCAUCACAGUUUCAACGGAAUCAGGCCAUUCACUCCAGCCGUUGUCGAAGUCGGCGGAAUGCACGUUCGAGAGAACGCAACGCCGCUGCAAAAGGACCUGCAGAAGUGGUUAGAUGAUAGCACAGACGGCUUUGUGUUUAUGUCCUUCGGCUCUAUGCUCAAGCUGGAGAGCUUUCCUAGGGAAAAAUUGCUAGUCAUAUACUCUUCGUUAGCGAAGCUUGCUCCGAUUCGGGUUAUAGUUAAGGUGGCAAACGCGACGGAAUUAGCACCCGGCUUACCGAGCAACGUUCUCACUGUUCCAUGGGUUCCUCAAAUGGCUGUUCUACAGCACAAGAAUGUUCGAGCGUUCGUCACCCACGGUGGCCUCAUGGGAACCAUGGAAGCCAUCCAUUGCGGGGUACCCAUGAUUGGGGUAGCUAUGUUCGGCGAUCAGGCUCAGAACAUCGAACUCUGCGUAAAAAAAAAUAUGGCAGUGUCUGUGAGCCGGGAUGAGCUGACCGAAAGUAAUCUAGAUGCCGCUUUCAAUGCUGUACUACGCGAUUCAUCGUACAUGAAAGCAGCCAAGGAAAUGUCUGCCAAAUUUCGAGACCGACCACUGAGUGCUAUUGACACGGCGAUAUUUUGGGUGGAAUACGUAACAAGGAACGGAAGGACGAGUCUCAGGUCACCUGCUGUGGACUUGACGUGGUGGCAAGUCGCGUUGUUGGAUGUUUACGGGGUUCUUCUUCUGGCCGUUAUUCUCGCGUUGUACAUACUCAAAGUUAUUGCGAAGAAGGCAGUGAGAGUGGUUAUCGGAAGUGAUAGGAAAAUGAAGCUAAGGACCAAAAAGAAGGAAUAUAUUGGAAGGCCUGGACGGCUAUACUUUGCGCAAGCUCAGGAGAGAAUACAAGAAUUCGCCAUGAGGAUGUUUGGCUUCAACGUUCUACUGGUAAUCAUUGCGGCUAUAUUACCCGGCGAAGCGUACCGAAUUUUAGGCGUUUUUCCGCUGAAUGGAAAGAGCCACUUUGUUAUGUUCGAUCAAUUGAUGAAAGGACUAGCAAAACGUGGUCACCAAGUGGACGUCGUCAGUCACUUCCCGCUGAAGAAACCUUUGCCGAACUACACCGACGUCGUUGAUCUGUCCGGAACCAUGCCUGCAGUGCUGAACAAUAUGACCUAUGAUUUUGUAAAAUCGGUUCUGACUAACUCCGCAGUGGUUCCUCUGCUCGCAACUCAGUUUGGCGGUGAACUCUGCGAUCUCAUGGAUCAUCCACGUUUUAGAGAGAUUAUAAAAAAUCCUCCGAAAGAUCCUCCUUAUGAUCUUGUAAUCACGGAGAUAUUCGGUUCCUCCUGCUACUUAGCCCUUGGUCAACAUUUCAAUGUCCCCGUCGUGGGUGUCGCCACUUGCGUAUUAAUGCCGUGGACAAACGACAUGGUUGCAAAUCCCGACAAUCCAGCCUACAUACCAAACGUUCUUUCGGACAAUUUUGCUCCGAUGAACUUUUUCCAAAGAGUAAAAAACGCUCUGAGCUUGUGGAAAGCAAAAUGGGAUUUUGACAGCUACAGCGCUUAUCAGGACGAUAAAAUAAAGAAGUAUCUCGGCCCUAAUUCGAUAAGUCUCAGAGAAGCCGAACGAAACGUGUCAUUGAUCCUUGCCAACUCUCACUAUAGUUUGCACGGAGUCAGACCAUACACAACGGCUGUUGUCGAAGUCGGAGGAGUUCACAUUCCGCAAGAAGUAGACGCACCGCCCAAGGAUCUGCAAAAGUGGUUGGACGAUAGCAAAGACGGUUUCGUGUACAUGUCUUUUGGAUCCAUGAUAAAAAUAGAGUCGUUUCCAAAGGAAACCCUCGAUGCCUUGUACAAUUCGUUGAAGAAGUUGGCACCAAUUCGCGUAUUGAUAAAAAUAGCAAAACCGCAAGAAUUACCACCUGGUCUACCGAGCAACGUUCUAACUCUAUCUUGGGUACCUCAAGUACCAGUCCUCAAUCACAAACACGUGCGGGUAUUCGUGACUCACGGAGGUCUUAUGGGAACUCAGGAAGCGAUUCAUUGCGGGGUUCCAAUGAUAGGGAUUCCACUUUUCGGAGAUCAAAUGCAGAACAUCAAGCUUUAUGUGAGGAAGAAGAUAGCAGUGGCUCUGGAUCAUGAUCAACUAACAGAGGAAAAAUUGGACACAGCUUUCAGAACCGUGCUAGGCGAUCCUUCGUACUUACAAGCGGCAAAGAAAUUCUCUAUUGAAUUUCGAGAUCGCCCAAUGAGGGCGUUGGACACGGCUACUUUCUGGAUUGAGUAUGUUAUUAGACACGGUGGAACAAACCUCAAGUCACCAGCGAUGGAGUUAACUUGGUGGCAAAUUUCACUGUUGGAUAUAUGUGGGGCUCUGUUUCUAUCCGUUGCUCUCAGCGCGUACUUGGUUAAAGUUAUAAUUACUACCCUAAUAGCGAUAGUUACUGGGAGUGAUAUAAGCAGUGUCAAGCACUCUAAGAAACAACCUGUAAAGGCUAUUUUAUACCGGCAGAAGAAAAUACGAGGACGUAAAAUGAGGCUGUUUGGUCGCAUAAUUUUAUUCGUUGUUAUGUUAACCAUAUCACACGACGAAGCGUACCGAAUUUUGGGCAUAUUUCCGCUCCGGACGAAGAGUCACUUUUUGAUGUGUGAGCAGCUGAUGAAAGGAUUGGCAAAACGAGGCCAUGUGGUGGACGUUGUUAGUCCGUUUCCAAUGAAGACACCUUUCCCCAACUACAACCAGAUCAUAAAUUUGGAAGGGUCCGUUAUUGGUCUACACAACAAUCUGACCUACGAUUUUGCUUUAUCGAACCUGUUAGACAAGGCCAUUAUUCCCGCCAUUGCCACUACAUACGGUAAUGACUUGUGUGACCUAAUGGCACUUCCGGAGUUCCAGAAGAUCAUCAAAAAUCGGGAGGAUUCUCCUUACGAUUUAGUUAUCGUAGAGCUAUUCGGUGCCAACUGUUAUGCGGCUCUGGGCCAACAUUUCAAAGUUCCCGUUGUCGGAGUCGUUACGAGCGCCGUGUGGCCGUGGGUGAACGACGUCGUGGCAAAUCCUGAUAAUCCAGCCUACAUUCCUCAUACAUUUUCAGGUUUAGACGUUCGAAUGAAUUUUUGGCAACGAUUUCAGAACGCUCUGACGUUGCUGAAGGUAAAAUUUGAAUACUGGUAUUACAGCGAUAAACAAAAUGAACAGAUAAAAAAGUACAUUGGGAACCACGCGCCCAGCCUGGACGAAGCCAUGAGGAAUGUGUCCUUACUUCUAGUCAAUUCGCACUACAGCCUUAAUGGAGUCAGGCCGAUUACUAUGGCCGUAGUUGAAGUCGGAGGACUUCACAUUGCAGAUAUCCCAGACCCGUUGCCGAAUGAUGUACAACAGUGGCUGGACGACAGCAAAGAUGGUUUCGUCUAUAUCUCGUUUGGAUCCAUGGUGAAAAUAGAGUCAUAUCCUACAAAAUCGUUGAACGCCCUUUACGCAUCCUUGGCAAAGUUGGCACCGGUACGCGUCCUAAUGAGAAUAUCAAAACCAAACGAAUUGCCGCCUGGGCUACCAAGCAACGUUAUGACUCGUCCGUGGAUUUCGCAAUUUGCUGUACUUCGGCACAAAAACAUAAAGGUGUUCGUAACUCACGGCGGUCUUAUGGGAACUCAAGAAGCAAUCUAUUGCGGGGUUCCAAUGAUCGGCGUACCUCUGUUUGGAGAUCAAAUGCAGAACAUCGAGUUUUACGCAGAGAAAAAAAUCGCAGUGAGUCUGGAUCAUAAAAAUCUCACAGAGGAAAACUUGGACGCUGCCUUUAGUACUGUGCUGAAUGACCCAACAUAUUUGAAAACAGCAAAGAGAUUAUCUGAAGAAUUCCGAGACCGCCCAAUGACCGCGAUGGAAACAGCCACUUUCUGGGUUGAGUAUGUGGUCAGAUACGGUGGGACAAAUCUUAAAUCUCCUGCUAUGGAAUUAACUUGGUGGCAGACUGAGCUAUUCGACGUCUACGGAGCUUUGCUCUUGGCUGCCAGCCUCGCUGUACAUUUGUUAAUAGUCGUAAUUAGUAAACUUUCAGCAAUUGUUCUAAGAACCGAGAAGAGAAGCGUGCCCCCUUCUAAAAAAACGAAGCAUGUGAGUUGUAUUCAUGUGUACUUGUCGAAGACUUCAGUUCGAUUUCAACAAUCAACGGAUAACGGUAUAGUUGAGCCCAAAGAAAGAAUGAAGCCGACACAUCUGCUGCUGAUUUUGUUCUGCGCAAUCUGCCUCGCACGAAAUGUCGAGGGAGCUAGAAUAUUGGGAGUGUUUCCCUUGCCAGGAAAGAGUCAUUUCGCAAUGUUCAAAGAAGUGAUGAAAAGCCUUGCCAAGGCGGGGCACCAGGUUGAUAUGGUUAGUCACUUUCCGCAGAGGAAUGUACCUCCAAAUUACAACGAUAUGAUCAGUUUAGCAGGCAUAGGUAUUACAGUGGUCAAUAACAUGUCAUAUGAAUUGGUGAAAACCUUCGCUGGUGCGGAAUUGCAAGAUCUAGUUCAAUUGACUGGAAACGACAUUUGCGAAGCACUUGGACAUUCCGAGGUGCAAAAUUUGAUAAAAAAUCCGCCAACUGAUCCACCGUACGAUUUAGUCAUUACAGAGUUGUUCUAUGCUAGCUGCUACUUUGCCUUCGGAAGGCAUCUGAAAGUUCCGGUAAUUGGUCUAUCUUCUUCAACGAUAGUGCCUCAAGCCAACGCACCACUUGGCAAUCCCUUGAACACAGCCAUCGUAUCCGAGAUCUCGGACCGCCCGGCUUCGCACAUGAACUUCAGGCAGCGACUCACAAACACGUUAACCACUGUGUACAUGAAUUUACAAUCUAGAUAUUACAUGAAAGCACAGAACGACAUGGUCAAGAAGUACUUCGGGCCAGACAUGCCUGACGUUGAAGAGCUUGAAAGGGACAUGUCCCUACUUCUGGUCAACACCCACCCUAUUUUUCACGGUAUCAGACCGUUGACCCCGGCUGUUGUAGAGGUCUCAGGUCUGCACAUCCAUGAUGAUAACUCAACAAUACCUGCGUAUUUAAGGAAAUGGUUGAGCGACAGCAGCGACGGUUUCAUCUACUUCUCGUUUGGCUCGCUGGUGAUGUUUGAAUCAUUUCCGAGUGCGGAUCUGGCUGAGAUAUACGCGGCAUUUGCCAAGGUUGCACCACUUCGUAUUCUGUUGAAAGUGUCGGAUCCGAAAAAACUACCACGUGGAUGGCCCAACAACGUGUUGCCUUUGCAUUGGGUUCCACAAGUACAAGUUUUGAAGCACAAAAAUAUUCGGGCCUUUGUAACGCACGGCGGUUUGAUGGGACUUCAAGAGGCAGUGGCUUACGCUGUACCAUUGAUCGGCAUUCCUCUAUUCGGCGAUCAAAUGGGUAACAUAAAUAUUUGCGUGGAGAGAGGAAUCGCCGUACGUUUGAAUUACACGGAUUUGAAGGCAGAUAAGAUUGUUGCAGCCAUAAAGACUGUUACCCAGGACCCUAAGUAUAAAAAGAACAUGGUUGCAGUAUCGAAGCAAUUCCUGGACCGACCGAGGUCUCCUCACGAUAUGGCGGUUUUUUGGAUCGAGUAUAUCCUGAAACAUGGGGCAGAUUCUUUGCGAUCGCCAGCCACUAAGUUAACGUGGUGGCAAGUAGAGUUACUGGACGUAUACGGCACCGUACUUGCUUCACUCCUGCUCAUUCUGUACAUCGUAAAGUUUAUUUUUUCAACGAUUCUUGGUCACGUUUUUCGAACAAGUGCAUCCUUACCUCUAUCGAAGAAAACGAAUUGAAGCUAAAAUAUAUCCGGAACUUUUGUCACAAUGGUUGUGACAUUGGUGUACGAACUUCACUCGUUGCAGAUUAUGUCGAAUAGGCAGCUUAUGUGUUCCUUAACUAAUGAUGAUGGAGUACCUUGUGAAAUUCAAUAUCACUGCACCCGCUUCAUUAAAUACAAUCGCACAGAUAAUAAGUCGACAGAGACAGCAGCGAUUGUUAUACAGCUGCAGGAGACUUUACCCGUUAUCAGAUUCAGCAGUUUCCCUGUACCUUAUACAUAAUAAUAUUAUAUUACAUAACAACGUGAUAUUAAGCGGAUGGCGGUGAAAUGAAACAGAUGCAGGAAACUGAGAUACACAUUUCUGUACGAACCGGUUAUAAGUAAAAUAAUGACUAUAUGCAUUUGAUACUCUAAUUUAGCAUCGCAAGUGAUUAGCAUACGUGAUAUACUGAUAUUUCGGAAUGAAAUGUAUAUCACUGUUUUUCUACGUAUAGAAGUACAAGAGAACCUCUUGGUUCAUUGUUAGUUAUUAUUUAUUUUAGAACUCAUUAUUAUUUGUCCUCAUUUAUUUUCUGACGUAUGUUUGUUCGUCGAAAAAUUUAUAGAUACAGAGAUAUGUAAUCGCCCGAAACCACGUAUCUGUACACAAUAUUAUCUAAUUAGCUUAUCGCCGUACGUAUAAAAACGUAGAUGCUGAAAUGACCGUGUCACAAGUCAACUAAAAAUUAAAGAAGGUGCGCUAGGCCGGUGUCGUUUUGA